AUGAAUAAUUAUAAAAAUCAAAUUGAAAAUCUUAGUCUUGAACGUACAAAUCUUUUGGUAGAUAUACAAAAGAAUACAGCUUCACCUGUUCAGCCAUUUGAAAAUGAGAAACAAAACAAUGAUCAACAAUAUGAGAAACUACUUAAAGUGAACAAUAAACUCAAACGUGUAUUACAAACAUUCAAAGAUAGAAUUCAUCGCAUAGCAACUGAAAGAUCCGAUCUGUUUACGAACGUCAGCGAAGAAACAAGUGAACGUCUUGAUCAUUUGAUUGGUAUAGUAGAAAAUCAAGCAGUACAAAUAGAAACACUACAAACCGAACGUUUUGAACUUCAACGUGAAAUCAAUGAAUUAAAAAAUUCUUUCGAUGUUUAUCGACAAGAAAUUGAUAAUGAUUACCGUAUGAAAUUAAGCGAAUUUACUGUAUCCUCAACAAAUGCAAUUCAGAAUAUUGAAAGUGAACCAAUCGAACAGAAAGGACAAGUAUCAAACGAAAAUCAAUGGAACGAUUGGUCUGUAGAUGCACCCAUAAUAACAGAUGAUGAGAAAAAAUUCCGUGAUGUUGAUAUUCAAUGUGAAUUACUUGCUGAUAAUGAUCCAUCUACUAUUAAUAAACCAACAGAUCAUUAUGAAUCGACUGUUUCAAAUCAAUUGUUAAGUUUACCGAAAAAUGAAAUAUCUUUAUGGUCUGAAACAGCUACAAAUGAUUGGGAAGAACAAAGUUCACCUAUUAAGUUUCCAUCUGAAGAAUCACGUCUAGUUGAACACAUGAUUUCAUCUUCGUCGACAGAUCAAAAUUUGCUAGAAAUUCUAAAAACUAAACUUAACGAAAUCAUCACUGAAUAUCCAGAGCUUUUCCCAAAUAUCAAUAGAGAUACAUUUGACGCACUUGAUCAACUAAACGCUAUCAUUAGAAAUUGCCAAAAUCAAAUAAAAGAAUUACAAAGUUCAUUCGAUGCCUAUCGAUAUCGCGUGGAAAAUGAACAGACAAUAAGAGCCAAUGAAUUGGCUUCAAGUGAUGUUCUCGCUUCGACAUCUGGCCUAACAACACCCGAUGAAUAUCAAAAAGAAAUCGAUCAAUUAAAAGAACAAAUUGAUCAAAAUAAUUUAAUUUAUCAACGAGAGAUUCAAUCUUUAAUCGAAGAACGAGAUCAAGCUCGAGAACAAAUACAAAUAAAGGACAAGAAUUCAUAUAAAUCAAGUCAUAGUACUGAAUCACAAGCUUCUCUUAAUAUUGAUUGUAGUCUUGCCGAAUCUCGCUUAAGUGAUUGUCAAAGUCAAAUCGAUGUAUUACUUCGCGAACGUAUUUCUUUGAUGGAACAAAUCAAACAGUUAGCACAUCAAUCAAAUAAACAACAUAGUGAAAUAAAAACUGCAAAUGACAAUGAAUCAUCAACACAGCCUGAACAACGUAUAUCGCGUCGUGUAUUCGAACAAGAAAUAUUAGCAUGGUCGAAAGAAAGUGAACAACUAAAACAAUUUGUGAAACAAAUUCAAGUUGAAAAUAAAAAACUUAAAGAUAUUAUACUUAAAUUUGAAUCUAUUAUACAAGAUUAUAUGCAUGAAAAUGAACUGCUCAAACAAGAAAAUCAACAUCUUUCAUUUUUAUCUUAUUCAUCCAAACAAAUAACUGGCAGUAAUGAAAACUCCCCAUCUUCCGAUAUGGAUAUUUGUUAUUUAACAUUAAAAUGGUUAACAUACGAAGUAGCACAACGAACAUCAAAUAAUAAUGAACAAUCGUCAUUGAUCAUUGAUGAUAAUGAAUCGUAUCUUAAACAACGAUUAUAUGAUAGUGAACGACAAGUUAAAAGUAUUCGCAUACAAAAUCAAAAAUUGAAGAAACAACUUGAAACAUAUACAAUACAAUUUAAACAUAUUCAACAUGAAAUGAGUAUUAAAAUUCAAGAAUUAUCUACACUUAAAAUUGAAAUAGAAAGAUUACGUACCAGUGAAACCCAAUAUCGAUUAGAAGUUGAUCGUCUUAAAACAGACGUUCAUUGCAAUCAAGUGAAAUUUCAACAAAUUGAACGUGAAUUAACCGAUGCAAAACUUGAACGAACAAACAAUAACAAUGAUUCAACUAAUAACCUUCGUGAACUACUUGAAUUAAAAGAACGUGAAUUACAUGCACUAAAAGAAAAAUUAGAUUACACAAUUCAAGCACAUCAACUUGAACUACAAGAAUCAAUUAAAGCCAAUCAGUUUUCUCUUGAUAAUGUUCAACGUUUUGAACAAUUAGAUCAACGACAUCAAGAAAAGCGAAAAGAAUUAGAAAUACGACUAGGAAAAAUAUGUAAAUCUAUUAAACCAUUGAUUGAUAAUCAACAUUUAUUUAAAGAGAAUUCAAUAAUUGAUUUUAAUGAAUUACAAGAUUUAAUUACAGAUACAGAAGCUGAACAAAGAGUUACAACUUCACUUGGCCCGAUACGUGAUUGCUUGGGUCUUUUGGAAAGUCAAAUGAAAGAAUUACAACAUAAUCUUAUUGAAAAUCAUGCUCGUCGUUCACAACGAUGGAAAUACAAAUUAGGAUUUGAAUGUCUAUCAUGUGAAAGCCGAUGGGAAGUAACUCAUGAUGUUCGAGAUUUACAAGAAGCCUGUCAAGAUCCAACUAUGUUUCUUGAAUCAUCACGCGUGGAACCAAUGAGAGGAUGUUCAUGCCCAUUAAUCGUAGAUUUUAUUGAAACUGACGUUCGAUUAUGUAUAGAUGAUAUUUUAGAUGAAGUUAUCGUAAGAACAAUAGUGACGUGA